AUGGUCAAGGACCCGAUGUGUCGAGACAAGGUCAUCAGGAUACAGUGGGUACAGACAAGCGUAGUCGAAGCUCUGCUCAGGGAACGCACACCUGCCGGUCUCGCGGACAUUGAUGCGAUACCUGAUCAUACAAUCUCUCAUGGACCAAAGGAAGACCUGGUUGUCAGGUUAGGAAAUAUAAUUUGGACUUACAUUGAGGGGAGUCGGCUUGGUCACAUUUUGAGAGAGGAAGAGUGGACGGAUCCGCAAGGUCGAUAUCCCCCAUCCUACGUAUUGUCGCCCGACAAGAUACGUCAAAUAUUGUUCCCCACGCUGCAGCGCACCGGCGAAAAGGCCUGUAUCCGAGAAAAACUGCAGAGCCUAGGCGGCGUCGAAGCAUGCUUGUGGGACGACAUACUCCUCAACGCGCUUGCUCGCUUCAUUUCAGAGGUGGAGACAAGUGAUAUAGACAUAUCAAGUCCCCUGAGUGCUGCGGAGCUCCGCUGCAUAAGGACACCGGUGGAUCAACUCGUGGAGAGGAACUUGAGGAAGUUCGUUCUUGACCUCUACCAUCCGGUAGACCAUCAACUUCAUUCAAACUCGAUCAAGACAGUGCCCGCUGACCAGUGUCCGUCUGAAAUGAUCAAAGACCGCGACAUACAGAAGCUCUGGAAGAGUCAGGGUUGGGGCGCUGAGGUCAAUAUUCGUACCUUCUUCCUCGGUCUUUACCGAUAUUUCGUCGACUUGGAACAUGAAUCCCGCGUCCCCGGGAACAAGAAGUCCAACAAUCUCGAUUCUGCAGCCAUAUUCUCGCCCCCACCUAUCGAUGCGGACACACAAUGCUGCGAUGUGCCUGGGGAAAGCACUACACCCGAAGCUGCAGCACAAGAUGUGUGGUGUUUGAACUACUUCCAUUCUGAUACAUUCAAAAUCCUCAUGGAAGCUAUCGAUAUUGACGUCCGCGAUACGAUCAGCACUUUGGAUGUAAACCGGUUCACGCACAUGCGGCCCGAAGGUAUCACAUUCUUGCAAUGGAUUGCAUACAAAGCGUACGGUUCUCUAGUAUCCACUCAUAUAUACCGUCUACGAAUCGAGCGGAUCAUCGAGUCAAUCACGAAACUUGACUACGCAAGAGACAACGUCGAUACUGUCGCCGACUACAUGGACGACUGUCUACCUCGUGUUAUGGUACUCCUUCAACACCUCCGGGGCCUUGAUCCCGAGAUACGGCUUGAAGAGCGACUCCUCGAACUAACACACAGAAUCAUGAUGAUCCAGGAACAAGAUGUCAACGAGAUCCUGGAGCAGAUGAACUACGAGUAUGAGGAUGAAGACGAUGACGUGUUCAUCGCUAUGAUGAACCCCGCCAACGAAGCCUUUCCAAGAGAAAAUGAAGACUACGGUAUAGAACACGUUUAUGGUGUUCAUGCCUUGGCUCAGCGGAUGCUUCCGGCUCUGUUCUUGAUCAUGCAGUACCACUAUGCUAUUCUCUCCCUGACUCAGCAGUAUGUCAUGGAUGAGAAUACCCUGUCCCAGGCCUCUCCGAUCAAGUGGAAAUUCUGGUCGUCCGGGACCCACAUCGACACAGUCAUAGCAAUCUUCGCACACGGCAUGUAUAAGGGUAUACGCCGCUAUCGACAAGUAAACGAGGACAAACUUCUAAGACAGGAACCGGCGAUCCGUCGACAAAAUCACCUUGAGAAACCUCGGCAAUGGAUCCAGCAAGAACUGGAGAAGUACGAUCACCGGUUCCAGUCAGACACGUCCCUCGAUGCGGCGAUGCUCCCGUCGGCUACAAGUGAGGGAGACUGCGAGCAUUGCGAGGACCGAGAGAACCUGCGCGGAGAGCGCUACAAGUGCGCAGACUGCCCCGACAUCAACUACUGCUCGCAAUGCUUCAUGACCAACCAGUCUAAGCACGAAAAUGGGGCCCAUCGUUUUCUGCUCCUUCGGUACCGUACCGCGGAAGUCAUGAUACAGCAUCUCUUGGCUGCAAUAUUGGAGGCCGAUGCCGCAGAUAGUGUUCAGGUGGACGCCUGGAGUGGCGAACUUGUACUGUGCCGCAAAUGCGCUUUCUCGGACACCGCGCGGGGCCCGCAUUGGCCUACGCAUGUCUUUGCCGUGAUCUCUGACAAGAUUGAGCGAGAAGUUUACGAGAGCGAUGUGGCUCACGCAGACAACACGGAGCCUCUGGAGAACGCUCAGGAGACCAUCGAGAGCCUGUCGCAGAAAGUGAAAACGAUGGAAAGCAAACUGACUCAGAUGGCCCAGAUGGAGGAGAGGAUGAUGCAGAUGCAAGCGAUUCUGAACGGGUUGCAAGGGAGUGUAGGGUAA